UUGCUCAUAUUUUUGGAUCAACAAUGUGUUCCAGGCAUUUUGUACAGAUUGCAAACGUUGUUGUAUGUAUAAGUCUAUCAGGGGUCUGCAAUGCGUAUGUGAACCUAGCGCUACACAAACCAGCUUUCCAGUCAAAUUCACACCAGGCAAAAGAGGAUAUAUCUGUUGCGAAUUACGUUGUUGACGGACUGAAAACGGACCCAAGUUUGGACGGAGGACAAUGUGCUACCACAACGUUAGGCAAACAGACAUCCACCUGGUGGGUGGACCUGACCAGUAUCCACAGUAUUCACCACAUCACAAUCUAUUUCAUGACCAUCAACAUAGGCUUAGAUAACCAUCACGAGAUUGCUUCCAGUUAUCUAGGAUUUUCAGUGUAUGUUUCCAACACAACUGAUAAACAACAAGGAGUGUUGUGUUUCAAGGACAACGGUUUUAAUGAAAGCACGAAGCCAGCUGUCUUUACAACAAAGUGCACUGUCCACGGACAAUAUGUCAUCUACAACAACGAGAAACUAGCUGGAAUUGAAAGUCCUGACAGAAACAGUGCAUAUGUUCUGAAUAAUCUAUGUGAAGUAGAGGUAUAUGGUAAGAACAGCUAA